AUGAACCACUUUCCUUCCACAUCAUGGUAAGCCAACGAUUUCCACUUUUGGACUAGGCCUACAAGAAAAGACACUAAAUCUAUCACACCCUUUCCGUCACCACCACCCGCUGCUCAGGGGUAAACCCCGCAACGACUCGGUCGACCCGUACGCCACCUUCCCCAUCCACCAAGGACGACAAAACUCGGGCCAGAUUGAUGCGUUCUCCCAGGGUGUGCAGCACACACAGUCAGUCUAUUCCCACCGCUCUCUCCCCUCGCGCAGCGCACCUUGCACUGGACGCGUCAGCUCCCCCUCCUGGCCCACUAUGUCGCAUCACACCCUUCUGUUUCGUCCGCAUCAUUAUUGGCGUGAACGAGUACUGACUAGCUCUCAAACUGAUUGCAGACAACCGAUCGUCACUGGAACAAGUGUCCUCGCCAUCAAGUUCAACGGUGGGGUCAUGAUGGCCGCCGACAACCUGGGUAGGCCACCCACCCUCCACCUGCAACCCUUCUGAACUCGACGACUUAUCCUCCUUUGCCCAUUCCCUAGCCUCUUACGGUAGCUUGGCACGCUUCAAGGACAUCAAACGUCUCCAUGCCGUCGGCGAGUCGACCCUGAUCGGCGCAUCCGGUGACAUGGCCGACUACCAGCAGGUCAUCAAGCUCUUGGAGAACCAAAUGUAGGUUCCAAUCAGACCUUCACAUAGCUUCACCGGCCCUUAAAUUUUGCCUCUUACUCCUACCCCACUCAGGGUCUCGGAACAAAUCCUCGACGAUGGCCACGUCCUCACCUCGUCGCAGAUCUACGAGUACCUGUCCAACGUCAUGUACUCGAAACGCAACAAGCAAGACCCCUUCUGGAACGCCUUUAUCGUAGCCGGCCUUGAACACGGAAACGUUCCGUAAGUUGCCCCCACCGGUCCGUAUUCGCUCCUCAGUCAGCAACAGGUCCUGAAUCUCUUCCCCCCUCCCGCUGCCCCCCACCAGCUUCCUCUCCUACGUCGACCUCCUCGGCACGACCUACUCGGCCCCUUCACUCGCGUCCGGCUACGGGCACCACAUCGCGCAACCUCUGCUCCGCAAAGCGCUCGAACGCCUCGGACCCGAGGGGGAGAAGUCACUUUCCGAAGCUGACGCGAGGGCUCUAUUAGAGCAAUGCAUGAAGGUCUUGUUCUACAGGGACGCGAGGAGUAUCAACAAGGUAUGUUCUCGACUCACGUCCGCAUCAGAAAACAAACCUGGCCUCUCUACCUUGGUUUGGUGUUGCUGAAGAGCAAAGUGCGACGAUGAUUAUUUAACAGUUCCAAAUCGCUUCCGUCACGUCGAGAGGGGUCGAGAUUUCGGAAUCGAUGAAGGCGCCGACCGAGUGGAGCUUUGCCGAGGGGUUGCGAGGGUACGGGAAUAGUGACGAGACGUACUAG